ACCUCCGUGUCAGCAACGAUUUUGGGACGCGUUGUAGCAAGUCUGUAACAAUUGCAGAUUUUGUAGAGUAGGACUACAAGAAUUUCUUUGUAUUCACGCCAUAUUAAAACAAGGUCACUAAAAAGAUUUUUUUAUUUUUCCCUUUCAGUUUCUUGCGUUUUUCCCGAAUGACUUCUAAUAAAAUUGUGGAUUUAACCCGGUUUAGAUUUGUAACCAGAAAAGAUUUCCCAUUCAUAUAUCUAGCAUAUUAUUUUAUUUAGCAUAAUUUGCCUCUAAUAUGAUUGAAGAUUGCUAGUUAGCAUUUAGCGUGUAAUAUUAUGCAAAAAUCUGUACGAAUCUUGCCUCGGGCAAAAUCUCGUAAAGAGUGGUUCUGUUAUUAAACUUGAACAACAAUGUCUUAAUAUAUCUGAUAAUGCAUCUUUACAUAUGUAUAGUGUCUCCUGCUGUUAAUAAGUAUUUUCAUUAUAACCGUGAAAGAUGUCCAGCAUCUUUUCCACAUAAGUCGACUCAAAAUAUAUUUUCGACUGUGCGAGAUCAUUAUCUGCAGUAUUAUUAAAUAUUACUUGGUUUGUGGGAUAAAUAAAUGUUAAAAAGUGAUCAAAUAAAGAACAUCAUAAAUAUUCAAAAGAUCACCCGUGUGUUAAGGUGUAAAUCAAUCAAGCAGUGAUCAAAGAAACUAAAAACACGUAUAAAAAUUUUGAACCCGAGAAGGGAGGCAGAUUGAGACUAUCUAUUUGGGACACUUUGUGAUGUGGUCAAACUAAUUUGUUUGGCCUCUUGAAAGUAUGACGUAUUUAGGAACGAACAAUCCUGAAUGAAUAAUUUAUGUAAUAAAUGGCAUAUAUAUAUAAUUUGACCGAGUACCUCUCUAGAUCCUGCUUCUUCUUGUGAAAGAAUACAUGACUCAUCUUUACUGAUCUACACUGAAUCACGCUUCCUUGUGAAGCUUAUUAACUACACACAUCACUUUAGAUAAAUCAAACAUGAGUGCGACUGACAAUAAACACUUGGAAAUAGUUGGUAUAGUUGACGAAGAACUUGGUGGUGACCAAAUCGUUUCUCAAGCUAAUUGCAAUAACAAGGAUCCUCUGAGAAUAUCGGUCUCAGACCCUCUGAACGCCAACCGAUUAAAUCCCCAAGAGAAUUUCAACCGUACGUCAAGUCCUGGUUUGCGGGACAGACGGGCCCGUUGGCUGCACAAUAUGAACCUAGCCCAUCAAAAUCAGACUCAAAGUGGCCGCAAGAAAAAUAAAAGUGAAAAUGGAAAACGUGUUUCGAAACAUGGCGAAGCGGGGGAAACAACAAUAACAACCGAACGUGGCGUCAGGUUCAAUAAAAGUUUCAGUGGGAGACGGAGUAAAAUUAGCGAUUCUGGUUAUCAAGAUGUUGACAUUGACUUGGAAAAUUUGCGACGAGGUCAUUCUGACUCUGGGGCGCAAAGAUCAUCUUCGACUUUUGAGACCAUUGACACUCCUCAGUCUACAUUUCCUCACUCCAGAUGGGCUUCCUUGAGUGCCGAAGACGACGAAACAACGCUGCCACCGUUCGAGUCGAAACGCCAGGAUCAGCACCACCAUACUUUCGAACUAGAAAUUGAACCUGGUCACUCUCUAUCCAGACAAAACGGGAUUCGGUACUCUCUGAAUUUGAGAAGGAAGGAGAGUCCUUCUCUCUCGAUUUCCAGUGAAAGUGACGCUAGCCAGGAAGGGUGUGAAAAUGCGCUCAAUCCCGUCCUUCUCCUGCCGAAUGGUCUGGGAGUUCCACAGCCUGGGGGACGGAAGCACUCUGUCCUCUUUUCAUCCUAUGACGCGUGGAAUGAGGACAACAUUGCACAAAGUUUCCGAGAAAUGAGCCCAAGUAUUGGAAAUGUUCUCGAGGCUGCGUGGGGCGGUGAGACAGAAACCCUCGAGAAAUUGUUCGAUGAUCCCAAAACGAUGAAAAUGUUUCAAAACGGACAACUUUUGGACCUGGAGGGGAGGACGCCCCUGCAUCUUGCAGCGGCUUGCGGCAAUAAGGAAGCUGUGCAAUUUCUCCUCGAUAAAGGAGCUCAAGUGAACGAGUUUGACCAUCAAAAGGCAACCCCAUUGUCCUGUGCAGCUUCUUGCGGUUCUCUCUCUGUUCUUGAAAUGUUGCUUGAUCAUGGGGCCGAUGUGAAUGCUGGCUAUGACUAUGGGAAAACUGCACUUCAUUGGUCUAUACAGGCAGGAAGUGUAGACUGUGCGAAAAAGCUUUUGGAGAAGGGGGCCUUGCAAAAUCCACCUGCUAUUUUUUCAGAAACUGCUUUACAUGUCGCAGCUGCGUUGGGCAACGUUGAGUGUUUACAACUGCUUCUUGAUUAUAAAGCUGAUACUACACUCUGCAAGGGUCCUGAACGAAAAACAGCCCUACAUCUCGCUGCAGAGGAAGGAAAUUCUGCAUGUAUCACCGUGUUGCUCAACGCUGGAGCGUCUCAUGAAGCCAUAGAUUUGAGAGGUCAUUCAGCCCUGCAUAUUGCAUCGACAUGUGAUGUUGACUCCGUCCUGGCGUUACUGAGAGGUGGUGCAAACCCUAAUGCGACGGAUUCAAAUGGGAGAAGACCUUUGCACUGCUCUGUCGCAAAAGGUUCCCGAGCAGCAGAGUGUGUCCGAUUAUUGAUAGAAAAGGGGGCUGAAAUUGACGCUCAAGAUAAUUAUGGAUACACGCCACUCCACCUGGCAGCUGUUAAUGAAUCUUCGCAAUGUGCGUCAAUUUUGUUGUCUCAUGGGGCAGAUGUGACUUCAAAGACAAAGGCUGGGACCACGGCAUUAACUCUACUUGUGAGAAAAAUUCCUGAUGUCAUGAGAUACCUUGUCGACCGUUUGGAUGGAGCUGUUACGAUUCAUGAUCACGACCCUGGUGACCCGGAUUGCGAAGUUCGAUUAGAUUUUAGAGGGAUUGUUCCAAACGUCGACAAAAAACAUGCAAGCGGAAGUGCAAAAGAACAAUCUUAUUACUUAAAGCCACGGAAGGAAACGGAAUUUCUUACCUGCUUGUUAGCUGCUGGGAACAAAAAAAUUUUAGCUCAUCCUUUGAGUGAAGCUUUCCUAACGUUGAAAUGGCAACGUGUCCGUAAAUUCUUUUGGGCUUCCCUUCUUUUUCAAAUAGCAUUAGUUGCACUUUUUACCAUAUUCGUUAUAGAAGUCUAUCUUAUCAAGUGUCCCCAUAGAAGACACCAGUUUGACCUCGAUGCUCAGGCUGAAGCGAGAACUGUCUUAAAUUCAGGAGAUGAACUCGGAGGUACGUCGUCAGGAUCACCGUUGGCGAUAGAAAUUCCCAUUGCUGCAAGCCUUCAACAAGCAGCAUCAACAACGAUACUUGGAGAAAAUGGUCCACGUGUUAGAAGAUCUAGUCGACAUAGACGCACUGCAACGGCAGGAUCAUUCGAUUGGUUCAGUGUGAAACCAAGUAGCAAUCGACGAAACCGCACAAGAGGAGGGGGUGGCAGGAAGAAAACUGAAGGAUCAGUAUCUGUCCCAACUCCUACAAGUAACACUCGAAUAAGAGGAUUUCGAGUAAUUGGGGAUCCUGAGACAACGGAAACACCUAUACAUGAAGAUGAUGUAACAAUCGAGGAAGCCCCAAAAUGCGAGAUUGGCCUCAAUUUAACUGUAAUCUGGAUUUCACUGAUAAUCCUGGUUUCCUUGAUGGCCUUAAAAGAAAUAUUUCAAAUUCUACAAUCACCUUUCUCAUAUGUGGGAAGCUCUGAGAAUUGGGGACAGUGGGCAUUAAUAUGCAGCGUAGCAGUUACAGCUUAUAUUCCAGACUAUGAGUUAUCAUACUGGCAAUAUCCUGCCGCUGCGGUUGCAAUAUUCCUAGCGUGGGGGUUAAUGCUUUUACAGGUGGGCAGGUUCCCUGCGCUUGGGUUGUACGUGCAAAUGCUGGGAAAGGUCGCCGCAAAUUUUGGGCUCUUCAUCUUGGCCUACGCCUGCCUCUUGAUAGCAUUUGCUUUGGCGUUUUGUGUCUUGUUUCCCGAACAUCCCCCAUACUCGUCGGUGCCUCUAGCAAUACUAAAGGUGUUAACAAUGAUGGUAGGCGAAGUGGACUAUGAGGAUUUAUUUUAUAACGAAGAUAAUGCAAACGAUCCAGCGCUGUAUCCCAUAACUGCCCACAUUCUCCACGGUUCUUUCGUCAUCAUUGUCACCAUCGUUUUAAUGAAUUUGCUCGUUGGGUUAGCAGUUCAUGACAUUCAGGGAUUACAAAAAGGAGCUAAAUUGAAUCGCUUAUCAAGACAAACGGCAUUAAUUUCAAGACUCGAAUCUUUUAUCUUUUCAAAGCGCUUACAAUCCUGUGUCCCAAGAUCAAUUGGUUCUGUCCUCAUUAGUUCAGCCUUAUUGGUUCCAUCGUCUUACAAUUGGUCAUAUUAUUUCCGUCCGAACGAUCCGAGGGAUCAAAGGCUACCGAAAGAUUUGAAAAUUGCAGCCUUGCGCGUCGCAGCGAGCAAGCACUCGUCACGAACCAUUCGUGGUCAUCCCGACAUCCGGCUUCAUUCCAGCAACAAUUACAACAACAGUUAUUCUGGGUCUGUAAAAAAUACUACAACAACUGAGCAGCAAACCGCUGCUGCGGUUCGUAGAAUUGAAAUGCGCCUGGAUCGCCUUCAACUGCAAUUAGAAUUGGUACUUAAGACUUUCAACGAAAAAUUUGAAACCUUGUCAGACUUUGUUAGUAAAGAUCAGAAUAAGCCAGACUGCAAUAAUUCUGUAAGUAGUUUAACCCCGUAACACCAAGUUAUACAGAAUAUUUUUCACAUAUGUAUGUUUGUAGAUAUGUAUAUAUGUGGAUAAAAUCAUGUAAUUUAAACUAGCAUAGCAUAGUGAACCCUCAUUGAGUAUGUAUUUAGGUACAUAUUGGAACCUGUAAAAUAUACCAACAUAAGAAAUAAAAUUCAAACUAUAAUGCAAAUUAUUAUACUACCUAAA